AUGGAUACGACCAACAAAACAACAACAAUACUUACAACAACAAAACAAGAUGAUGAUUGCUCAGUACAACUACCAAAAUACAUUCAAUCAGUGAUCAUUGAAAAGUUGAUUCAAGGUUACGAUGCUAAAGACCGUCAACAUUAUAAUGGAUUUCAGUGUAUACCACUACAACAAGCAACUCAUCUAAUGUUUAACAAAACACCAAAAAAGAAACACAACUUUAUAACAUUGAAUCAACUGUCAACAAGUAUUGGAUUAGUAUCUAAAUGGUGGUUAAAAGUAACGAGACAAACGGCUCUAAGUUUAAAGAUAAAUGGUCCAUUACAAGAAUCAUACUUUUCAAACGUUAUCGUAGAGUCUCUUAAAUGGAAGGUGAAUGGAGCAGAAGAGGCAAAAAUCAAUUUUGAUUUUAAAAGAUUACCUCUAUUACUACCACACCUAAAGUCACUGGAUAUCGUUGCAAUGGAUGCAGCCAAUGAAGAUCGUAUUCGAGAUAUUAUCAGAGUCAUCAAUUCGUUCCCACGUAUUCAAGUCAACUUGAAUUUCGAACUUGCCGAUUAUUUCGACCUUGGCUACAAUACAAAAUGGCCUACCAAUGUCCACUUUCAGGGACUUGAUCCCAAAGUAGUCCUAUCGCACUCAAACAACGUGGAUUAUUUCGAUUGUCGUGGAACCAGCGAAUAUUGUCACCAAAUGCUUGAUGACUUGAUCCCAACCUAUGUCAAUAUAGCGUAUGACGAUGGCCAGAAUGAUGGUGGAGUUGUACAUUUCUGGCACUCGGACAUGUUCGAACAUCUCCAGCAAACUCAACACAUCAACAUUGAAUAUGAUUUUGUCACGAUGGUUGCCCUAAAAGAUUUACUCACAGAGUCAUCGAAAACCCAAACUCUCAAAGUUGGUUUAAUCACAUGUCCUUUGGAAUAUGAAAUGUCAAAAGAUGAUGAUGAUAACAGAGAGCCAUUCGAUUGUGAAAAGUGUGAAGAUCAUGGUACAAGAGAUCUCGAUAAUUAUGAUACAUUUGAAGAUUUGGAAACACUAUGUUCUGCUCUAACCAACAAUUCAACAUUAAAAAGACUUUGGUUGGAAAAUCCACAUGGAAAAGAUAAAUAUGAAAGAGAAGAAGAAGAAGAAGCAGAAGAUGAUGAAAAUGAUGAAGAUGAUGAUGAUAAAGAUGAAAAGAAAUCAAUUUCAAUUAAAAGUAUAUCAUCAUUAUUUGCAUCAAUUUGGAAGACAAACAGUAGUGUAGAAUUUCUUGCACUUUCAAAUCAUCCAAAAAUCAUUUCACCAUCGUUUUUCUCAACUUUGUGUCCAAACAAAAUCAUUACAACGUUAAUGUUGAUCGAUGGUACAUUAAACAAAGAAUACAUUCCAUCAUUUUGUCAAUUAUUAAAAACCAACAAAACAAUCAAAGCACUCAAUAUCAGUGGUAAUCUUUUAAAACCAUGUAAAGAGUUGAAUCAAGCAUUCAAACAAAACAAAUCGAUCCAAGUAUUGAAUAUUGCUGGUAAUAGAUUUUCGUCAGAUUUAUUCAAUGCAUUGCUAGAGAGUGACACCAUUCAAUAUUUAAUAAUAGAUAAAACAAUGGCAGAGUUUUAUAGUAUCCAUCGAUAUUUUAAACAAUCAAAAUCAUUGAUCAAAUGUUUUGUUCUUGAAGAUCCGUAUCAAGAUGAACUGUUUAAUCAUGAUGAUCCAUUGUUUAUCUAUUUUAAACCUUCUCUAUUAGGUUAG